UCUCUUUUUUUUUUUACUGCGUGGGAUUCUCACUCUUUUUUUGACGUCAAUGCACCACGCACGCACUAAUAAGAGACGGUCACUUUCCCGAUUGUGGCUUUAAUCAGGAUGCCUCUGCCCAAGCGCCUGCGGUCGAUCAAGAACGAAUUCAUCCUCUUCGCGGCUCCGCUCCUUCUGCUGCCACUGCCGCUCGUCAUUGGCACGUCGGAAGCGGCAUGCGCCUAUGUGAUCAUCCUCAUGGCGGUGUACUGGUGCACCGAGGUCCUCCCGCUGGCAGUGACGGCUUUGCUCCCUGCCCUCCUCUUCCCGCUCUUUGGUGUCAUGGAGUCCCAGAGUGUGUGCAUGCAGUACCUGAAAGACACCAACCUGUUGUUUGUGGGCGGUCUGAUGGUCGCCGUGGCCGUGGAGCACUGGAACCUGCACAAGCGCAUCGCCCUGAGGGUGCUCCUGUUAGUCGGCGUACGUCCGGCACUGCUGAUGCUGGGCUUCAUGGGCGUGACGGCCUUUUUGUCCAUGUGGAUCAGCAACACGGCCACCACAGCCAUGAUGGUGCCCAUCGUCCAAGCCGUCCUGGAGGAGCUCAACAACAGCGACGCGCAGAUGCCCGCCAUCCUGAGCUCGGAUGUGGCCCAGGCGUCGGAAUUGAGCGACAAGCAGCAGAAACAGACCGAGGCGACAGGCGCAGUGGUGGUGACUUUUUUGGACAGCGCCGUUGAGGUGAACCGGCAGAAGGAGGCAGCGGAAAGACGGAAGAUGUGCAAAGGGAUGACCCUUUGCGUCUGCUACGCCGCCAGCAUCGGCGGCACCGCUACGCUGACGGGGACUGGUCCCAACUUGGUGCUCAACGGACAAAUGAGCCAAUUAUUUCCUGCAAACGGCGACGUGAUCAAUUUCGCCUCCUGGUUCGGAUUCGCCUUCCCCAACAUGAUCCUUAUGCUGAUGCUGGCGUGGGUGUGGCUACAGUUUGUCUUCAUUGGAUUCAACUUCAAGAAGACGUGGGGCUGCAAUGCCGAAAAGACGGAGAAGGAAGUGGCCGCCUAUGAAGUGAUCCGGGGGCAGCAUCGUCGGCUGGGGCCCAUGUCCUUUGGCGAGCUUAGCGUCCUGGGUCUCUUCAUUCUGCUCGUGGUCCUGUGGUUCUCCAGGGACCCCGGCUUUAUGCACGGCUGGGCCACGAACAUCUUCAACUCCAAAGCAGAGUAUGUCACAGACGCUACUGUGGCACUCUUUGUCGCCAUCCUCCUCUUUGUCCUGCCGUCCAAACUUCCACAUUUCUGCCCAUGGAGGACACAAAGUUUUGACACAGCCUCCCAUCAGACGUCCAGCUCAGCUCCGCGUCUGCUCACCUGGAAGGUGGUCCAGAAGAAAUUACCAUGGGGAAUCGUGCUUCUCCUUGGUGGUGGUUUUGCUUUGGCCAAAGGGAGUGAGGUAUCAGGACUUUCACGGUGGAUGGGAGAUCAAAUGAGCCCCUUGCAAAGCAUUCCACCUUGGGCAAUCUCCAUUAUCCUGUGCCUCCUCAUUGCAACCUUCACAGAGUGCGCCAGCAACGUUGCCACUGCGACGCUCUUCCUGCCCAUCUUAGCAUCAUUGUCGCAGUCCAUCGGAAUCAACCCGCUGUACGUCAUGGUGCCUUGUACCCUGAGUGCCUCCUUCGCCUUCAUGUUGCCCGUGGCCACGCCGCCCAACGCCAUUGUUUUCUCCUACGGAUACCUCAAGGUUUCAGACAUGGCCAGGACUGGAAUAGUCAUGAACAUCAUUGGCAUACUGUGCAUCACACUGGCCAUCAACACUUGGGGCCGAGCAAUGUUUCACCUGGACACCUUUCCUACGUGGGCCAACGUGAGCGCGCCGUGACAGCGACGCGCAGUUUCCUGCUCUUCUGCUCUGAGCCACAUCACGGUCUGACAUGGUCUGCACUGCUGAGUCUCGCCGCCUUGUUUAUUUUCCAGUCCACACUCAAGCCUCGUGGAUGAUGAAUCAGCAGUAAAGGGUAACAACGCCUUCAUUUCUUCGAACACCAUCACAAAUGAGGUCUUUUCUGUCGCCAAAACACUUGGAAAGAAUUGAAAAAGACAUUUGAAACAGUGAUAUGUGACACUUUAAAAUACGGAUACGGUUUGAAUUAGAACUGACCCGAGUGCUGUAACAAAGCAUGUCACCAGAAGUAACAAUUGAGCAAGAGACAGUGAAUU